AAACCCUCGGUGCAGAAAAAACCCGCCGGUAGGAAUGCGCAGUCACCUCCAAACCCUAACUCGCACCGUCUCCGUCGUCCGUACACUCACCGGCGGCUUCCGUCCGUCACCAAAAGCCAUAACUCGCACAAUGAGCUCCAACUCUACCGGUCUUAUGUUCCAACUCAAGCUCAAUCCGAUCACCGGUAACUCCGAGUGGAUAGUUAUCGAAGAGGAACUCGAUGACGCAUCACCUAAACCAAUGUUAGCGACCACAUCUUACCUCGAUAUGCUCAACGAUUCACCGAGAAACAGAGUUUAUCGUACCGCAAUUGAUAAAACUGUUUCGAAACAAUGUCAUGUGCUGGAUAUUGGAGCUGGAACUGGUUUGUUGUCCAUGAUGGCGGCUAGGGCUAUGGGCGUUGACGACGACUCAUCACCGUCUAAAGGGGUGGUGACAGCGUGUGAAUCGUACCUGCCUAUGGUGAAACUGAUGAAGAAGGUUUUGCGUGCUAAUGAUAUGAAUAGUAAGAUACGUGUGUUAAAUAAGAGAUCAGACGAAGUAGAAGUUGGCGUUGACGUUGCUUCUCGUGCUGAUGUUCUUGUUAGCGAAAUACUGGAUUCGGAAUUACUGGGUGAAGGUCUGAUCCCUAGUCUUCAGCAUGCACAUGAUAAGCUACUGGUCGAAAAUUACAAGACGGUUCCUUACAGAGCGACUACUUAUGGCCAGUUAGUGGAAAGCACAUAUCUAUGGGAGCUGCAUGAUCUAUACAGCAAUGAAGCAAAUGUAGCAGACGGGAUUCAUCUCGUUCCAAAAGGAAAGGAGAGUAUUUUACGAGUCAAACCACAACAGUUUGCGAUGCAUUGUGAUGCGAUGGGUGAAGAACUUCGACUGCUUUCAGAACCUUUCAAAAUUUUCGAAUUUGACUUCUGGAAACGUCCAGACAGUCAUGGAGAAACUCAAGUACAUACAAAGGCGACUAAUAAUGGUACGGUUCAUGCUGUUAUCUCAUGGUGGGUACUUCAGCUUGAUGAGGAAGGAAAUAUCUUUUAUUCUACGUCCCCUAAAUGGAUAAAUAGUCCAUCCACAAAUAACGGAUUAUCCUCUAUGUAUACUGGAACCCGGGAUUGGUGUGAUCAUUGGAAACAGUGUGUGUGGUUUACAAAAGGAAAAGGUUUACCAGUGCGUAAAGAUGAGGAUGUUCGUAUGGAUGCUACUCACACGGAUAUUAGCAUCUCAUAUAAAUUUAACGCUCAGUCACAAACGUCGGAGGUAGAUCACAGUCAAGACUCGCACUUAACUCUCUCUCCUGAAAGAAUUGCAAUCUAUGGAGAUAACAACUGGAGACAAUUCAUGUUAAAAGCCAUAAACUAUGCUUUGAAAGGGAAAGAGUCUCCUUUGUGUGUUAUUGCAGAUGAUAGUGUUUUCUUAUCAGUUGCCGUUGCUCAUAUAUCUAAGUCGUCACACAUAAUAGCGAUGUUUCCUGGUCUCGGGGAUAAGGGUCGCCAAUACUUGCAAGCUGUCGCUGAUGAAAAUGGUUACUCUAUGGAUCGAAUACAAGUUAUAAACACAAGGAAACAACAACUGACCAUGAAUGAUACUCAUCAAAACAAGGUUGAUCUGUUGAUAGCAGAGCCAUUUUACUUUGGUGCCGAGGGGAUGCUUCCUUGGCAAGGCCUGCAGUUUUGGAGCAAAAGAACAAUGAUUGAUUCCAUGUUAGCGGAAGAUGUGUGCAUAAUGCCUUGCAAAGGAAUUUUAAAAGCUUGUGCAAUGUCUCUCCCGGAUCUUUGGAGAAGUCGUUGUGCCUUAGAGAAUAUUGAAGGCUUUGACCACACGAUGGUCAACACUACCUUAGGAGCGUGCGGACCGUCAAGUGAAAGCCCAUGUUUACCCUUUUUUAUUUGGCAAUGUGGAGAGACUCAGAAACUCAGUGAUACGUACACCAUUAUGGAGUUUGACUUCUUGAAACCGUUGAGUUCAUGUCACGGGAAAGCCAAGGUUGAGUUCAUUGAAGCAGGAGUGUGUCAUGGUUUUGCGCUUUGGAUUGAUUGGGUUAUGGAUUCAACUAACGACAUUGUGAUGUCAACGGGACUAGAUCAACGGUACUGGAAGCAAGGUGUGAAGCUUCUGGCAGAGCCGUUAAAAAUAGGACCUGGAAUAUGUUCAACAGUUAUUGAAGCACAUUUUGAUUCAUCAAGUGGUGAGCUUUCUGUCAACAACAGAUAGACUAUCGUAGGAUACUGUUCACCGUCACUCUGGUUCACAACAACCUGGCACACCGGAAUUUCAUGUCCAUGGUUCAUACCUCCUUCAGCUCCCUGUUGGUGAUACACAAGUAAAAUACAGCAGAAAGCUUAUGAACGGAAAAUCUGGAAAUCGCUAGUGAAAACUGAGAGCAGUUGGAAUUGUAUGCUGGAAAUUCUUGUAUGAAUACGUAUAAGAAUGAUUUAUGCUUAAGAUAAAUGACAAAUUAACAAUCAAAA